ACACAGUCUCCGUUUUGCAUAAAAUGCGUGUUUCUUCAAAUGAGGCGUCAAACGCUUCACUCUUCUAUCAAAUUCUACAGAUUUUCUCCAUGGAAGUUAUGCAGAGAAAACGGAAUUUUAAUGCAGCUGGCUUUUUUGAUAUGGACUACAAGUUAAUUACGUCGAUUUUGGCAUCUUCCACUACGUACUUGGUGAUAAUUAUACAAUUUCAUUUGACUAACAUACCGGAUUGUCAUUUUCCAAAAGAAUAAUUUUAUUUAAGAAAAUUUCUGUUAUGAAAUCCAAAGCUGAAACAGCGCAAAAACAAAAAUUGUUAAUUAAAAAAG